GUCCUGCGGCACCACUUGAAUUUGAUUCUGUUUCAAAUGGAUGAUGAAGUUAAUGGCGUGAGUGUCCAUAAUCGUUAGAGGCGCUUAUACGAACGAGGGGGGCAACGUUUGCGUACUGGUAGAGUUGUUUUUUUGGCUUCCUGCGCUGCGCGCAGCAGUCACGGAAUUAGCCGUCCUCGCUUCUGCUGCGUUGCACACAACGAUAAAGCCUCGAUCAGCGCGCUGUGACUACCCGGAUUCACGCUUCAACUGACUGCUCCGGAAACUGCUGCGCGUGUGUGUGUACGACGCAGGCCACGCUCACCCCGCAACACGUGCUUUCCAAGCCCGGAGGAGCGAGCCCUUGCCGCAAGCGUCGCCCGGCGCCGGUUGCAACAAAGGCAAUUGGUUAAAGUCAGCUAUAGAGGCUGGUUUUGUGCGCUUCAUUCUCACGGGAUCCCAGAUACCUCGCCCGGACUGACGCGUUACUGCCACCCAGUGUCGGCUCAGAGCUGACAACAGAGAGCCAGGCGUCGAGCAUGGGCUCUCUCGAACACCUGACCAUUGCUCUGACGGUCCUGGUCGCUUCUGGAAUCAGGAGUUACGCAGAAGCUGCUGCUAUGCCGGAUGAACAAGGUCGCCAAGACGGCCAGAGCGGCACCGCCAGUACCGCCAGCAAUGGCCGUGGCCCCGGCAGCCCGUUUGGCUUCCUCGGCGGCGUCGUAAGCGAUACCCAGGGAAACCCGGAGAAAGUGUACAACUUCGUGUACGGAAGUGCCGACUCAGUUCAGCAGGUGGCGCGUCUGUACGCACUCAUGUCCAUACCAGUGUUCCAGCAACAGCCGACAACUCCCACGAAGCCCGCGACGACAUCGACAAUGAUGACACCGACAACGAGAACGUCACCAACGUCGUCGCUGACGACAACUACCGCGAGGUUGACAACGACCUCUUCUGCGAUUACGAACGCGUCACAGGAGACUGGAACGGCGUCAACGGAAACGGAGGGCUCGUCCGAAGUCGUUAGCAGCACUAGUACGCCCACUACAGUAGCAGGAACUCCUCACGAAAUGGAAUCGACACCGCUAGAAUCCGGAGCAACUGUCGCAAGCACUAAAACAGCUGUGUUGACCACAACUCAGACACCAGCAGCUUCGCAGGCGACGAGCACAGAUUCUAAUUCGGACGACCCGCGUACAGAAACGGUGCAGUCCACCACAGAACAGUUAGAGAGCACGGCUGACUCUGAGACGACGUCCGCGUUGUCUACCGUCUCUACACAGUUCGAUACGGACAGCCCACUUACAGAAACGUCGUUUCAGCCCACAACGGAAUAUUUGUGGAGCAUGUUUAGUACGACUGAACCAGAGACAACGUCGGCAUUGAUCGCCAUUCCCACUACUGAUUCUAAUUCGGAUGACCCGCGUACGGAAACGGUGCAAUCCACCACUGAAGAGUUAGCGAGCACGGCUGACUCUGAGACGACGUCCGCGUUGUCUACUGUUUCUACACAGUCCGAUACGGACAGCCCACUUACAGAAACAUCAGUACAAAUCACAACAGAGUAUUUGUUUAGCACGACUGGUACGAAUGAGCCAGAAACAACGUCAUCAUCGGUCACCGUUCCCACUGCCGAUCCCGAUACGGACGACCCGCUUACAGAAACGGUUCAGUCGACAACGGAAGCGUAUGAGACUGUGACAAGUACAAGUGACCCCGAUGAAACGCCCACUAUGGAUUCCACUACAGACGUACCAACGGAAACGAUGCCAGUAACCACAGACAACACAUAUCCGACUACGGAAUCCACGAUGCACACUUUUUCGAACGAACCGUAUACUACUGACAGCAGCACGACGCUUGGUGACGUAAGUACUUCGGAAUCGAUCACUACCGUUGAUCAUACCGAAUCAACUACUAUGUCCGCGCUUGAAGUAUCUGACUAUACAGACACCGACCCUACAGCACAUCUGGGAACAGGUACUACUUCAAUGACUGAAAAGACGGGAUCAGAAUAUACGACGGAUUUUACAGUCACCGAGGCAACUACCGAAUUAAACGUAGAGGUCACAGCUGGUUCGACAGCCGAUGAUAGUGAAACAGAUGCUUACGACACAACUACGGGAAGUCGCACUGCCACAUAUACUACUGAAGGCCCCAGCACAGAAUACACGGCACCCUACACGAGACAGUACAGCAUGACCGUAGAUUUCACAACGUUCAUCACGGAGUCCACACCCACCAAACAAGAGCCGAUGGAGACCAGUACCUCCAGUUUCACAAACUCGGAAACCUCUUGGACAAAAUCAGAAGUUUCAACCGAGUCAUCAGAUGUCACAACAGAUUACUCCGUGGGCGUCACUAACACGGACAUGACUGAAACUUCCAAGCAACACGAAAGUACGAUGGAAUCCACGCAGUCUAGUGCGUGGCCUACAUCUGAGAGGCAUGUUACAUGGAACGCCACUGACGGUUGGAUGACAAGCGACUCUGCGAUCACAACACAAGAGAGCUCGCCAACGGGAGAUGAAGGCACAAGCAACACAUUCACAGGUGGCGAGGUUACGGAUUCAUGGUCACAAGUACCUUCCUCGCCUUACUCGUCUACGUCGACAAACGCCGACAGGCAGAGCACGACAGAAAAUGAACGAUAUGAAAGCACGAGCGUCUCAUCGACAACCUUGGAAUCACCCGCUCUUACUUCCAGCGUCGUAACAAGUUGGCUGCUGGUGGACCUUCGGUGA